UGAUCUCUCUCCGUUUUUCAGAAUUUUCAAUCACAAUAAUCCCCAAAUCCCUAAUUUAGCGAUCGGAAAAUCCCAAUUCACCGGCGUAGCGAUGUCAUCGGUGCCUUCAACUUCGGCGGCAGCUACUUCAUCGUCGUCGCAAUUCACCUACUCGAACGGCACCUACUUUCCGACGCCUUUUCAUCUCCAACAACAACCUCCUCAGCCCUACAUAGGUGCUGCUCCUCCGCCCGUUCAACUUCCUGCUCCUUCCCUCUAUCCUGCUCCUGCUGCUAUUCCUGGCGUCUACACUUUGCCUCAGUUUCAACAAGCUCAGCAGCUAUUCCAAAGAGAUGCACAAACAAUCACACCUGAAGCACUUGAAAAUGUGAAAGCUGCACUUGCGAGCAGCGAAAUUGAGCACAAAGCUGAGGCCAAGAAGAAAUCUGUACCUCGUAAGGCAGCUGGACAUAGUUGGGAAGAUCCUACUCUGGCAGAGUGGCCCGAGAAUGAUUAUCGUCUAUUCUGUGGUGAUCUUGGGAAUGAGGUGAAUGAUGAUGUCCUAUCAAAAGCCUUUUCAAGGUUUCCAACGUUUAAUAUGGCUAAGGUUGUGAGAGACAAGCGGACUGGUAAGACCAGGGGAUAUGGAUUUGUCAGUUUUUCCAACCCAUUGGAUCUUGCUGCGGCACUUAAAGAAAUGAAUGGAAAGUAUGUUGGUAACCGGCCUAUUAAACUUCGCAAGAGUAAGUGGCAAGAGAGAAUUGACUAUGAGGCUGUGGAAAGUCACAAGAACCGAUCACAUAAGAAACCAAAGCAAGCAAAGAAGGGUAUAUUUCACAAGUGAGCAUGCACCAACCAUGAUAAGGACUCAAGCAGCAAGAUACUUGAGAUGUACUUUUAAUGUGUAUUACUCAAUUUCUUCACCAUUGUCCCUGCCUGGGAAAGAAGGAUCAAAGUAUAGUUCCAGGAUGUAGAGAGGCGAUUUCGAUGUCUGCAAUUUGUUAUUCACAAUGGUAUAAUAUCCAUCAGUUGCUGGUUAAUGUAUUUCUUCCUCAAGAACCCUAGGAAGAGAGCUCUGGAUGAUCCUUUUUAACAAACCAUAUAUUGAUGGAUUAGGAGAAACUAGUUGUGGUUUGGAAACUUUGGUUUCAUACUUCCGUUAAUGGUGUACUUGUUGGAUAUUAAACCUAAUGUAGGUGUACCAAAGAUGAUUCAAGUUUUAUAUUUAGAUUGUGGUUCCAUUGCA